GUGCUGGAAACCCCGUACUGACUCUGAAGGGACCCAAGAUGGCUGAGUACUCAUGGGGGGGGGGCAGUUAGCAGUUAUCCGAGCAAGACGUCGGGAAUGAAUGGCAAAUAGCAUUAUAAUGUAAAGCGCAACCUUGGGAGGAAUUAUACGACUACAGUUCGGUUGGUUUGCAUAUUUUUUUCCAGAGGGGGGAUGCAUGAAUACCAGUAAGGAGAGAGUGGUCUCUCCGCGGCCCCGAGCCAGAACAUGGCGGAACACUUGGGGACGAAAUUUAGCAGCUAACGCUAACUAGCUGGCGUUAUUAUCCAAGACACAUUUUUAAAAAAAAAUAACAACAACAAAAAAACAUUGCUCCGGAGUGUACACGGUGUCUGCGGUCCGCUAGUGUGAAAUAAUGUCCUCGGUGCACGACAACUCCGGUCGUUUCUCUUCAAACGGUUGCCUAACGUUGAAUAUGUUGAGCGUAGGCAGUUAGCGCGUUUAGGUGUGCUGUGCUAACGCUGCCCGCAAGCGUACACACUGUACGGACAGUGUUUUAAGGAGCCGGGGGGAUAGUGUCGGCGGUGGCUUAUUCACAAUACUCCUCUCUCUUAGCUGGUGUGCUAAGGACUUUACAAUGACAGCCAGGCGUUGUUUUGUAGAUUAACUAAGUCAGCUAACGUCAAAUGCCCUCCACGCUGUAAAUUAAGCUGUUUCCUGUGACCCUGACGAAGUUUUUGAGGCAGCUCUCCUUUUUAAAAAAAAAAAUUAUUGUAGUUCCUUUGAAGCUCCUUCAAGCCUGGUGAGCGGGUGUUUAAAAAAAAAACGAAUUGAAGUUGAGAAGAAGAAAGAAAAAAGCCAAGAAGGACCGGGAGAAGGAGGGAGGUGGGUUAAACCGGUUACAAGCUACCUGCCAGGAUGACGGACACUCGUCGGCGAGUCAAAGUCUACACCCUCAAUGAGGACAGACAGUGGGAUGACCGUGGGACCGGGCACGUCUCCUCGGGCUAUGUGGAGCGUUUGAAAGGCACGUCCCUGCUGGUGCGAGCAGAGAGUGAUGGUUCCCUUCUGCUGGAGUCCAAAAUCAACCCAAACACAGCCUACCAGAAACAACAGGAUACGUUGAUAGUAUGGUCAGAGGCUGAGAAUUAUGAUCUGGCACUCAGCUUCCAGGAGAAGGCUGGCUGCGACGAAAUCUGGGAGAAAAUAUGCCAGGUGCAGGGAAAGGACCCGUCGGUGGACAUCACGCAGGAUGUAGUGGAUGAGUCCGAGGAGGAUCACUUCGAAGACAUGUCGUCGCCAGGUCUGGAGUUACCGCCGUGUGAACUGAGCCGCUUGGAAGACCUGGCCGAAUUGGUGGCCUCCUCAUUGCCAUCGCCGCUGCGGCGCGAGAAACUGGCGCUGGCCGUGGAGAACGAGGGCUACAUUCGCAAGCUCCUGGAGCUGUUCCGCGUGUGCGAGGAUUUGGAGAACAGAGAGGGACUGCACCACAUCUAUGAAAUCAUUAAAGGCAUCUUCCUGCUCAAUCGCACUGCACUCUUUGAGGUUAUGUUCUCUGACGAGUGCAUCAUGGACGUCAUUGGUUGUCUGGAGUUUGACCCAGCGCUCCCGCAGCCGCGGCGGCAUCGGGAGUUUCUGACUAAGACAGCCCGCUUUAAGGAGGUGAUCCCCAUCUCUGAUCCUGAACUGCGUCAGAAAAUACACCAGACGUAUCGGGUGCAGUAUAUUCAGGACAUGGUGCUGCCCACGCCCUCUGUUUUUGAGGAAAACAUGCUGUCCACCCUGCACUCCUUCAUCUUCUUCAACAAGGUGGAGAUUGUGGGCAUGCUACAGGACGAUGAGAAGUUCCUGACAGACCUCUUUGCACAGCUAACAGACGAGGCUACAGACGACGACAAAAGACACGAAUUGGUGAACUUCCUAAAGGAAUUCUGUGCAUUCUCACAAACGUUACAACCUCAAAACAGAGACGCGUUCUUCAAGACGUUGUCAAACAUGGGCAUUCUACCUGCACUAGAGGUCAUACUGGGAAUGGAUGACGUCCAGGUGCGUGGGGCAGCCACAGAUAUCUUCUCUUAUCUGGUGGAGUAUAACCCCUCCAUGGUACGAGAGUUUGUCAUGCAGGAGUCUCAGCAGAAUGAUGAUGACAUCCUCUUGAUCAACCUGAUCAUAGAACACAUGAUCUGUGAUACAGACCCAGAGCUAGGCGGAGCGGUGCAGCUGAUGGGCCUACUACGGACUCUGGUGGACCCUGAGAACAUGCUAGCUACUGCAAAUAAAACGGAAAAGACAGAGUUCCUGAGCUUCUUCUACAAGCACUGUAUGCACGUCCUCUCCGCUCCACUACUGGCCAACACCACAGAGGAAAAGCCUAGUAAAGAUGAUUUUCAAACAUCCCAGUUGCUGGCCUUGAUCCUGGAGUUGCUAACGUUCUGUGUCGAGCACCACACCUACCACAUCAAGAACUACAUCAUCAACAAGGACAUUCUCAGGAGGGUACUGGUGCUCACUGCGUCACAGCACGCCUUCCUGGCACUAUGUGCCCUGCGCUUCAUGCGGAGGAUCAUUGGUCUGAAGGAUGAAUUCUACAAUCGCUACAUCAUGAGAAAUUUCCUGUUUGAGCCCGUCAUCAAGGCCUUCCUCAACAACGGCUCACGUUACAAUCUCAUGAACUCUGCGAUCAUCGAGAUGUUUGAGUAUGUCCGUGUGGAGGAUGUGAAAUCUCUCACAGCUCACAUAGUAGAGAACUACUGGAAGGCUCUCGAGGAUGUGGACUACGUCCAAACCUUCAAGGGCCUGAAGCUGCGGUAUGAACAGCAGCGAGAGAGGCAAGACAACCCCAAACUGGAUAGCAUGCGCUCCAUCCUGAGGAACCACCGCUUCCGUCGUGAUGCACGAACACUGGAAGACGAAGAGGAGAUGUGGUUUAAUACAGACGAGGAUGACCUUGAGGAUGGUGAGGCGGUGGUUUCUCCAUCUGACAAGAUGAAGACGGAGGAAGACCUCAUGGAACCUAUAAGCAAGUUCAUGGAGAGGAAGAAAUGUACGUACGUGAAAGACCCAGAGGACAAAGAAGUACUGGCGAAGUCGAGCUUAUCAGGCAGGCAGAACCCCAGCUUCAAGCUCGCCUUCUCUGGCUCCACUAAAACCAGCCUGUCCAGCCCUCCUUCAUCUGCCUCAUUGAACCCAGGUUCUCCGGGAUCACCGGGUUCCCCGGGCUCAGGUGCACGGAGCUCACCUUCCACCACGACUGUAACCACAAAGGGAGGUUUAGUGGGACUGGUGGACUAUCCUGAUGAUGACGAUGAGGAGGAAGAAGAGGAGGAGGAUGGGGAGAGUAAAGAGGAACCUCUGCCACCUUCGAAGAAGUCCAAACUGAGCUCUUAAAGAAGCUUCACUGUCUCAGCUUGUCCUCUGCUCAGACAGUUUUCAGCGCAUAGACGUUACAAAGGAAUGAUCAAAACUUGUAAACAAAUUGAAUGAAUUAACGCCAACGCUCGCCGUCAGCGGGUGGCCCAAAGAGGAGCGGACUGCGAAACGGGAUACGAAGCCUCCUCAGACUAGCCCACUUCAUACAAGUGCCAAUCAGGAAACCAGGAGUGAGAAAAACCCGUCUGUGGAGCAGACGUGUGAAAGUUGUGCGAGGAAAAAAAAAAACACCACCACGCUCCCAACGGACCGUCGGCAGACUCAGACAGUAUGAGACCGGUUGGAGUUUGGUGACAUAGCAACUGGAGGAAAAGACCACAUACAAAAACACAUGUACACGCAGAGUGAAACCCCCGAGAGCUCGCGGGCUCGGACCAUAACCCACUGCCCCCCCGCCCCCCACUCAGGGAAGGACAUCACAGCGGCCCAAACGGGUCGGCCAAUUCAGACCCAGAACCACCACUCGCACCCCCCUCCUCAGAAUUCACCUUUCCACUUUGUUUCGUUCCACUUCUUUUCCCCUCUGCUCUCUCUCUUCCCUCACUUUGUUGCUUUUCCUUUUUUUUUUUUUUUUUUUUUUUUAAGUUAGUAUAUAGGACCAGACAGGAGGCAGCAUGUGGCAAAGAGCUGUCUUUGUUGUCGUUUGAUGAUGUCAUCCGUGUCGUCGUUCCUCAGUGGACGUUCUUUCUCUGAAGAGAAACAAAAAAAGCCAGCAGUUUCUUCAUUAUUUUUUCUUUUUGUUCUCUAUUUGUCUCUCUCAAUCUUUCUCCUGUUUUUUGUAAAUGACAACAAAAAAGACCUGCCUUUAAAUGUUCAGGACGUUUUCAGUCACACUUGAACAGGUUUUUAAAGACCUCAGUAGGUGAGCUAGUUUUACCCUUUUUGCCCUUUGAAACUGCAGAUUUUUUGGAGAAUUUGUAAUCCCGUCUUGAUUAAAGAUUGAGUGGAAUUCUAGAUGUGAUGAAUUUUGUCAUAUCUUCUCUUUUUUUUUUUUUCCUUUUACAUGAGUGUACACUUAGUUGUUCGGAAUAUUUGGGACCAUUAAAAUGAUCUUUGCUGUAA